CAACCAAUAAAAACUCGCAGAAGAAAAGGUCUGUCGUCGUCGCGUUCGCGUAACAUUUUUCUCGUAUUCGUUGCCCGUUCCAUACGUGAUGAUUCGGUCCGCCAGCAGUAAAAAGAUGUGAAUGUCGCUCGCGUACCACCUACCACUUUUUAUUCGUCAUCACCGUUGCCGUUUUCUGCAAUUUUCUAGCGAAAAAUUUAUGUGUUUAAGUGGCAUCCAGCUGCGAGAAAUGGUGUAAUUUACAAGUUCCGCUGGAAAAAAUGGAUUUUGUCGGGCUUCUAGUAGGUACCUGAGUCCUAGUGCAAAAUCCUCACCCAUCCAUGAAGUCGUUACCAUAAUGAGAGGGCGUAUGUACGAAAACACGCAAGUGAAACCCAUCCCAGCACCUUAAAAUUAGCGUGCACCGAUAAGCGAAUGACUCAAGUGAAAUUAGCUGCUCGUUAUGUUGCCUGUUAUCACAAAGCAAACAGCGAAGAAUGAAUAAUGCAAAUUUCGUUCUAGUUGCAAUUGAUUAUCUACUCGGCGCGGCAAAGAAAAGUGUGUAGGUAUAUUAUUUAAUUAAAAUCGUACUAUCACGGAGCCGGAGAGAAGCAGUACCGAAGCGAAGGAAAAAAAAAAUUGGUGGAAAGUAAUGUUCCAUUGUUACGAAACACGACAGCAGCUACUGUUGAAACACAAAACAACCGUUCCAAGUCCCAGGCAGUGCACUGUAACACCAACCAGUGAAGCCAACCGUCGAAGAAUUUAAACAGUUAUCGGUAUGGGAAAUGUGUAAAUUAAAGUGAAUCGAAAAGAAGUGCUGUUUCUAGUGAGUUUACUCUAGCAUCCCGUACGUGAAGAUACAUAGUGUGUAACGCAUGAAUGAGCUCCUUGAGACAUAUGUGGAUAUCCGAUCUCUGUCCGAAGGUGUCGUGUUCGCCGGAGAAAAACUAGUGCCAGUUGAAAACUUCAGCGAUCGGUUCGAACACAGCACGAAAGUAAAAUGAGCUGGCUUCGGUCCAGCCCAUUGCGGCAAAGCUUCACCAAAUCUGUGGGGAACGCCGGCAGCGGUUCAGGCCGGAGCGGAAGUUCCACUAACGGAACUAUGCGAGCAUUCGACGCGUCCGAGUGUGACCCAAAGGCGUGCUACGAUAGCUUCUGCAUACACUGGCAGCAAGCGUAUGAGAUCAUCCAACGAUCGGAGAACAAUCGUGGCCAUCCGCAUGACGACGUUCUCGGCGUGGUGACUCAUCUAGAACAUAUGGCUACUUUACUGUUAGUGGAACUACAUCACUGUAAUAAGGUGAGCCUACCAGGAGCACCAGUUCCAUCAGCACCUUGCCUAGAACACCUACUGAGCGAGAAUCUACUCGAUAAAUUGUACGAAUGGGGUAUCAAAACAGGAAGAUACGCUAAUGCAGUGCGCCUUGAACAACUUAAGUUCUACGAGCCAUUAGUCAGUCACAGUCGCCACCAGCUACUGGUUCACGAACCAUUUUUGAGGCCGUUACUCAAAUUACUGGCAUCAAGUCAAAACGAAAUCUACCCUCCGGAUGUUGCGAAGCGGUUGGUUAUCUUACUCAAUCAACUCUGCGUAGUUCUUAUGCAAAAUGUGCACCUGUUGGAUCUGUUCUUCUUUUCGAAUGCCCAACAAAACGGCACCGGAGGACACACGAACUUCAUUAUCUUCUCCCUGCUGAUACCGUACGUACACCGGGAUGGCUCCCUGGGACAUCAAGCCCGCGAUGCGCUGUUGCUGUGCAUGGCAUUGUCGCAGAAGAAUUCCAACGUGGGAACCUACAUUGCUACCUACUCGUCGAUCUGCCCGGUUCUGGUAACCGGUCUGGGAGGACUGUAUUCUCGUUUGCCAAAUCAGAUCGAUAUCAAAACUAUCGACUGGUACCGGAUAACAACGGACGAUGUGACCGAAAUGCCCGGGCUUACCCUGUUCAUGAAUUCGUUGGAGUUCUGCAACGCUGUAGUGCAGGUCGCACACAGCAUGAUUCGUCAGCAGCUGUUGGAUUUCCUGUAUCAGGGCUUCCUGGUGCCGGUGCUUGGACCCGCCAUUCUACAGACAUUUAAAGGUAGAAGUCAAUUGCAGACUAACGUCGAGUCGCAGGUUUCGGCAAUGGCCUAUCUGGAUUUGAUCAUCCGCUCUGUUACCGAGCCGGGCUUGAUUCAGAUAAUCGUGAAAUUUUUACUGGAUACGGAAAAGUUCGACGGACAGCGAAUACUGGAUGUCCUGGUGGAUCGACUUAAUAGUACAGAUUCGAGGCUUUGUAUGGUUGCAUUGUCCCUGUUCGACACCCUACUCAGUCUCAACUGCGAGGACAUCAUGCUGGAACUUGUUCUAAAAUAUCUACUCAACUGUCAGCAUGUACCAAUAUCACAUCGUUACAAGGUAAAUCGCAUGGACCCUUACGGCCAGUCUGUGGAGCACUUUCUGAACAUCACACCCGAAAUUAUGAAAAAAGUUAACAACGUGUUAAGUAUAAACAAUAAUAAUACAAUGACAUCAUUCGGAGCCAGCGGCCAGAACAAUGGGAGGAAUAUUAGCAAAACCAUUGGCGCCAAUUGGAACCACUACGGGCUGAAUACGGGCGAAACGUUGCUCGCUAGCUACCAGGCUUACCUGCUGGAGGCUCGUAGUCGAAUUGGACAAUGCAAGCAUGCCUGUGAUCAGUGGAAUAAUGUGUAUCGUUACCAAAAAUUGAGCAAACAAUCAUUAAACGGCACCAGCAAUAGUCAAAACGGUAAUAGCGGUAGUAAUAGUCUUAAUCCAACCAGUACCAGCGGAACGACGGAUGACGUUCGAACAUAUAAAGUACAAAUGAUCAAAAACUUUCUGGAAGAGUUUGUCACAGGUCCGGAUAGUGGACUGGAAACGGGCGAAUCGGAUCGCUCUAAUCAAUGCCAAUCGCCAACGAUUUUCGGUACGACAGGGCUUCAUCCGGGAGUCACUCAGUUGACGGCUACUACGAAACAGUUGGACAGUCUGCAAUCUUUGGGCGACAGCAGUGGGUACGAGAGUUUGAACAUCACAAAUUUGUGCACCGGAAGCGAUGACGGUCGACGGAACGAAUCGUGGAAGAUUUCCAGCGUGAGGGAGGAAACCAUAGUCGAUCUUGAUUUGUCCGAGGACCUGUUUGCCCAGGGGACCGUUAGUUUGGGUCCCUUUCUGACGGCCAUAUGGGGCAAGCUGCAAACCUUCACCAGCAACUGUCUGUACGUAAACCUGCACCUAACCGGACUCAUCAGCCAUCUGGCGUGGUUCCCUUUGCCGCUGCUUCACUCGAUUCUGUUGCGACCCGAUAUUCCCACCACUUCCGACACGCCAUCUUUCCAUCAGGUACUCAAAAUCCUUAAACAACAAAUCGACGCCGAAUUGCCGGAUUGUGACGAGUCGCUGGAAAUCGUGGAUGUUGCGCGAUCCUUUCUGGUGGAUCGCGAAUUUCAGCUUAUUAAUAUGAGGAAAAAUGCCAUCGAGUCGAAUACCGGUAGUAAACUGCAGCUAAGCGGCGGCAUCAGUAGCAUUCCGAUGACCUCCGGUAUGUCGCAAACGACACCGAUGCAGUUAACGCCGAGUUCGUCAUACGAUCCCUUCAAACGAAACGAUGCCAAGCGGAAAAGUAUAAGUAACUCGUUCUCCGGUUUCUUCCGCCGGCCGGGAUCAUCCGCUUCAUCCGGUAUAGCACAAGUAUUUCAAUUUUUUACUGGUGGAUCGAGCAGCGGCAACGCAACGACUGGACAUUCAUCAUCGACGACGAUUAACCCACAACAAUCGACCGGUUCAAGCACGUCCAGUAGUCCGGCGGUGGUCGGUGGUCGGCGUGAUUCCCGAGAAGCGGAAACCCAGUUCGUGGAUCAUCCAGCCAUGGCGAAUAUCGCAGGUUCCUUGAGUUCACCCAAUCCCGGAAGUGGCCACAGUAGUCUCGAGUACAGCUCAAUUAACAUCAACGGAUCGGUAAUUGGAGUGGGUAGCGAACGGCAGCGGGAUCUUGCCGUAAGUGCAGUCAUAUUGGACGAGUGGUUCAAGGAAUUGGCAGCUAUCACCCAAGAACAGUGCAUCGUGAUGCUGUCCGAACAGGUCGAAAGGCAACGGUCGAUCAGGACCAGCUGAAAGAUGGCUCGAGGACGGGCCAUUUCCUUACGAAAGCUGAUCAAUUCUAUGUAGUUAUAUAAAUAAUUUCGCUAAGCCAAGUCUUGUAGCUUCAAUUUUUAUGUCCUUUUUUUAACAAAGUGCGCGGUUGGUCUACGUCUGAGACGAAAUGCCCUUAUUUUUAUGCAUACCAUUUUUCAUUUCUAAAAUGAGAUCUUUUUAUAUUUAUUAUGAACACGGGCCAACCUUUUAUUAUUUGUUAUAAUUUCCCAAGUAAGUCGAACAAAUGUAGUUUUAUUACACGAUCGAAAGAAACACUUUUAGAAUGAAUGAAUCACACAUUUUUCAUGAAGAUCUCUCUCACUCUUGCUACCUAAUCUUGCAACGACUAGCAAUUUGUGUUACCGAUCAUUUUCUAAGCAAUAACGAUACUAAAUUCCUACCCACAGAUGGUUUUUUAAUGGAUGCCAACACAAAAGUUUAUAUUAGUGUGACUAUUUGAAAUUAACCUGAUCGAUAUUCUUCAAUAGUGGUUCAAAAACGGCACACUGUAUAAUGUAUAUUAUAGAAUUCUAAUUGUGUGAUCGUUAUGAAAAUGUAGAAAGUGUGCAACAUCAACACAAUUGUAAAAACUUUUAUUUUUUUGUAAAAAAAUAUACUUAUGUAUAACAAUAACAGAUUGAUAUUCAGGAGAGAGAUACUGAAAUUCCAUA